CGUAAUAAUUUAAUAACAUUUGAUAUUAGUCGAGUAAAUCAAUAUCAGUUAACUUAAAGCUCACUGCCCAAUAUUCUACAAACAAAAAGGCCUUUUGCUUUAAAAGUCAUAGAAAUUUAAACAUUCAUGACGUACUACCAAAUCAAAAACAAAUAUACAAUACAUACUAGUGUGCCUCAUGCUUUCUGAAAUUACAUGCAGGAUUCCCAGGUUUUUAUAGGAUUGAAAAAUAUUGAAAAUCUCUUCUUGACAAUGAAGAUUUAAACAAGCCUAGUUUAACUUAAAGGCCUGAAAGAAUUAUCUGAACCUGAAUAAUAAUGACAUCUUUACCUCAUAGAUGGCUCAGGACAUCAUUCAAUUUGCAACUGACAUGUCAUGUAAACAAAGAAGUCUAUGGCAAGAUAUUCAGUGAUGUAUCAGUAAAUCAGCGCAUCUUUUCUUCAUGUUACUCUGACAUGUCAUGUAAACAAAGAAGUCUAUGGCAAGAUAUUCAGUGAUGUAUCAGUAAAUCAGCGCAUCUUUUCUUCAUGUUACUUGUUUUUUCAGACAUUGUUCACAUGGUGACCAUUCUUAGAUUAUGGUUCUUCAGGCAGACCAAAACAAAAAUACAACUUGUAUUGAUAAUGGUAAAUGCCAGCUUUUGUGCUCUGGACUAAAAACUAAAGCUUGGGAUGACUUGGUUCCUGUACCAAAAUGCCUGCUUCCAUGGUCUUCUUUCUUAGUUUUUGCCGUCGCAGUUUUAUGUUUCUCAAAUAGCAUUUAUGGAGAAUUUGUUUUUGAUGACUCGGAAGCUGUUAUAAAUAAUUUGGACUUAAAACCUGAUACUCCUUUGACAAAUAUUUUCAAAAAUGAUUUUUGGGGUACGAAACUUACUCAUAAUGCAAGUCACAAGUCAUAUCGCCCUCUCACAGUUUUAACAUUCAGAAUAAAUUAUUUUGCUACUGGGCUUCAGCCAUGCAGCUUUCACAUUGUAAAUAUUUUACUUCAUGGCACUGUUAGUGCCCUUGUGCUUAAAGUUAUGGCUGCUGUAUUAAACAAAUCAUUGGAAGAAGAAGCACCCAGAGCUGCCUUUUUAAGUGCCUUCUUAUUCUCAGUACAUCCUAUCCAUACAGAAAGUGUAUCAGCAGUUGUUGGUAGAGCUGAUUUAUUGUGUGGAAUAUUCUUCCUUCUCUCUUUUUUGUGUUAUGUCCAUGCUUCAAAUGAUAUGGAAGUUUCACUCCUUUGUUUGUUUGGAAGUAUUUUUCUGGCUGGUUUAGCAAUGCUUUGCAAAGAGCAAGGGAUAACUGUUAUAGGUGUUUGCUGUGUUUAUGAUAUCAUCAUCAUAUGUAAAGUGGAUUUCUUUGAUGUUUGUCGUACUGCCUUUAAGCAGCAGAAGAAUAUGAGUUUAUCAGCCAUGUUUCCAUUUAAGAAGAACUUCAGUUUGUUUUGCAUGCGACAAAGUAUUCUAACCCUUGGUGGAUGUUCUUUGCUAGCACUGAGAUGGUACAUUAUGGGUGCUUCAACACCUGUCUUCCAACAAGUUGAUAAUCCAGCAUCUUUUGAAGAGAAUAUCUUUGUAAGAACAAUAAAUUACCAUUACAUAUACUCCAUGAAUGUGUGGCUCUUAUUCCAUCCAUAUUGGCUGUGUUUUGAUUGGUCCAUGGGCUGUAUUCCGCUCAUUCAAACUUCAAAUGAUUGUCGCCUCUUUGCAGUCUUUCUAUUUUGGAUAUUUUUCUUUCAUCUUAUAUAUAGGACUGUUAGUCACCCUGAUAGAAAAAUAAGAAGGUUAUUAUAUUUAGCAUUAGCUUUUAUUUUAGUGCCUUUUCUGCCUGCUUCUAACUUAUUUUUUCGUGUUGGUUUCGUUGUUGCGGAGAGAGUGUUGUACCUUCCCAGCAUAGGAUUUUGUCUACUUGUUGUAAUUGGUAUGAAGCAGCUGAAUACUCUGCUGGGAGGAAAUUAUCAUCAGAGUUUGCAGUGCUGUAUUUUUAUAUUGUUGACUGUGUUUGGAAUCCGUUGCAUACAAAGGAGUGCUGAUUGGAAAAAUGAAGAAACUCUGUUUGGUUCAGGAUUGAAAGUUUGCCCACUGAAUGCAAAAGUUCACUAUAAUAUCGCUAAGAAUGCUGCCGACGGUGGUGAUAGGGAAACUGCUAUCAGAGGUUAUCAAGAAGCUAUAAGAUUAAAUCCUUUAUAUGAUCAAGCAAUGAAUAACCUGGCAAAUAUACUCAAAGAUCAAGGAAAGCUAAUGGAAGCUGAAAAAUUGUUACUAUCUGCCAUUAAAAUAAGGCCUGAUUUUGCUGCUGCAUGGAUGAAUCUUGGAAUAGUACAGUCAAGUUUAAAGAAAAUGAAUGAUGCAGAAAGAAGUUACUUAAUGGCUCUACGAUAUCGAAAACGUUACCCUGACUGUUAUUAUAAUUUAGGAAAUUUGUACUUAGAAUUAAAGCAGCAUGAUGAUGCCUACAAAGCAUGGCGCAAUGCAACAUCUUUGCAACCAACUCAUCUUGUUGCUUGGAAUAAUAUGGUUAUUAUGCUUGAUAGCAUAGGUCACUUAUCAAAGGCUGAAUCUGUUGCACGUGAAGCAUUACAUCAUUUGCCAUUAGAGGCUUCUUUGCAUUUUAAUUUAGCAAAUACACUUGGCAAAGCUGGGAAAUAUUCUGAAUCGGAGAAACAUUUUCUGACAGCCAUACAGAUAAAUGGUAGCAAUCCAACAUAUCAUACUAAUUUAGGGGUACUGUAUCACAGAUGGAAGAAAUACCAGCUUGCUGAAAAUGCCUAUAAAAGAGCAUUAGACUUGAAGCCAGACAUGAAAAGUGCUAAAGAUAACCUUCGUUUGCUAUACAAAACUUUAAGUAGGGUGUAACAUUUCCUUUUUAAACUACAAAACAUAUAAAUGAAAUUUAAUAGUGUUUUAUUCAAAUAAUACUUCAUGUGAUUAAAAAAGUUAUUUAUGUAUUAAUAUGUUUUAUUAAAUUAUUCAGAAUUGUAAUUAAAAAAUUCAAGUUUCCAUUAUUAAAUGUAGAUAAAUAAUAUAUUUUUUACCAUAUAUGUAUGGUUUUGCUUGAACAGUAAGGUACAUUUCCACUUAAAUCAAAAUUAAAUGAUGUAAGUGAAAAUGUUUGCCAUAUGCUUUUCAGUUCAAUCAUGUUAGACACAUUUCUGUUUGAAUGUUUUAAUGUUUUUAUUACAUUUUUCAUCAUUUGACUUAAUAUAGGAAGGUUACCUCUCAUUCUUUAUUUUAAACAUAUAAAUUCUUACACAAACAGUUAGUAAAGUGUGAAAAAGUGCUGAUUGAAAGAAAUAUGUUGCUAAACACAGCUAAUAAAUACACUGCAAAGAAAUGGAACUCAUACAUAGAUAAAUGCAUGCAAAUCAAAGUUCUGCAUGUAUCUGUUUAAUAUUUUAGGAUGAUAAUUUAUCAUCUCAAGUCUUAGAAAAUAUUGUGUUGAAGUUCUGGAAGAUUGCCAAAUAAUGCUGUUUCAGUAACUAUUGUUUAUACAUUUUUUAUUUGCUGAUCUACAGCAUUUUAGCUGCUAGGUUUUUCUUUUUUUUUUUUUUCCUCUGUGUGGUGUUAGAGGAGUAGAUUCAUGUAUAUUUCUAAAAAAUAUUGGGAGUUCAAGAAUGACCAACUUUCUUCACGAGUCCACAAUUUCAAAAUGCGAGAUAUUUAAGCUUAUUUCUGUUAAUGAAAAUGCAUAAAAAUGUGUGUUUUUAAUCCAUGGGCAUUUCACUUAAAGGUAAUUGUGUAGCCUAAUUUUUAGUGGUUUUAUUUCAUUAAAUAUGCAAUUUGAUGAUAAUAAGUAGUUUUAUCAGCUUGUUUCUUGCUAUUUUGUUUUAUCUUUAUAUAGAGAAAGAAUGUAAUUGAAUAAAACAGUUUAACAUUGUUGACAUCAAUCAAAUAUUUUGAAUGUAUCAUAAAUAUUUUGUAAUAAAAACUAACUUACCAU